CAUUGAGCUCGCAGACUUCCGUAAGGCAAAGUUUACUUGGGUUCAUGUAACACGCCCUGACCAAGAUGGCGGCACGAGCAGGUGCACCCAUCCCCUCCCCACGUCGACGUCACUUCCGGCCCAAUGUUCUCUUUAUAAAGUCGCGCGGUGGCAGCUUUCCGUGUGGGUGACGGCGAAGGAGGAGGUGAGCGGCUCCAUCGUAUAUGAGUUAUAUGAAUUCAAACGGCGCCGGAACUCGUCCGUAAUCCAGCAAAUUUUAUUUGGAGAUGCACUUUGGAGAAAUAAGCGCCUAAAUCUCGGAGCCUAUUUUGAUUUUUUUUUUUUUUUUUCCUUCCUUCAAACAUGAUCGCUUUGCUGACUCUGACUCUGCUCGUCAAAAGCGUUUUGGCGUCGCCGGUGACUCCGCGCGUGCUUGAGAAUGACGACGUCAAGGUGAUGAAAUGCGUGGCGGAGGCGCUGGCGGAUGUGCUGUCCAGGCCACGCCCACUUCCGGUCAGCCAGCAAUGUCUGCAGACGCUCAGGACAGACGAGCGCCUCCUGACGCUCCUUCGCCGCUACGAUUUCCUGAAGGAGCUGCAAGACGUCGCCACCCAGGCUGUAAGUCAUCCAUCCCUGCACGAAAGAGAGCGAGCAUGCCCGCCAUCUCUUUCCGUCCGUUCAGUUUCCCAUCCCCUCCCCCGACAAGAUGGCUCCAUGCUGAACGCGCUCGGAGGCCCCGGCGAGCGCUCCGUCCUGUCCCAGGAGCGGAGGAGAUCGCGAGAGCAAGAGGAGGACGAGGGCGAGGAGGGAGGAGAAGUUGGCAGAAUUUGGACGGCCGGCGAGAAGAGGGAGGAGGACGGCGAACGUGCGGAAGAGGACCAAAAAGCAUGGGGGCCAGAAGAAAUAAGACGAAACGGAUCCAAAGAGGAGAAGGACAAGAGAUCGGAGGAGGAGGAGGAGGAGGAGGAGGAGGAGGGGAUGAAGAAAAGGAGCAAAGGGUCGUCGCUGAGGAAGAAAUCAGAAAAUGAGGAGGAGGAGGAAGGUUCCCAUCAUUCGAAGGAGGUCUCGGAGGAAAAGGAGGAGGUGAAGAAGAGGAACCGCAGUCCGGAGGAGAAGGAGCUGCAGAUGAUCGCUCGGAGGACGCCGGGCGAGGAGGACGGGAGCGCCGGAAGAAAGGCGGAGGACGGCGAGGUGGAGAACCUGGCCGCCAUCAAGUCCGAGCUGGAGAACGUGGCCCAGAAACUCCAACAGCUGCGACGAGGCUGAGCCGCCGGCGCCGUCCACGUUCUGGAAACUUCUUCUCCCCCCCCCCCCCCCCCCCCCCCCCAACAAAAAAAAAACAAAAGUUUCAAAAGGCAAGCACGCGCUCGUUCCUGUGACCUCAUCGCUUCCCUUGUGCCCCGCACACUUUUGGCAUAGUAAGGACUUCUAUUGGGUUUUAUUGUCUUUGUCAUCCACUUUUCUUUCCAUAUUUUGUCGGUGAUUUGAAUUGAUGUCUGAGAAGGUGAAUGAGGCAAAAGUGCACAUUUUUUAUCCAUUUUGAAGGCAUUGAAUUGUAAAAUGAGACUAACUGUUUUUAAAUUAUAUUCACCUGAGUGGCUGCGAAGUAAUAUUUGCAUAAAAGGAAUUCUUGCAAUAAAAUGGACAUGCUAACACUG